CACCCACACAACUGAUCAAUUACUUGGCUGACCAGCGUACCACCAAACAUUUGAAGUCUUCCACUUUGCUGACAUACGCCAUCGACAUUAUUGCCAUGUUCCCCGCCGACACCCAAUCCGAUAUCCGUAAUUCAAGGCUCUUCCAAGAUUUUAUCAAGGCACUACGCUCGAACACCAUUCUCUCGCCAAAACAUUGGUCCUACGAUGUUACUCCUGCUAUUCAAUACCUCAAAUCUUGGGGCCCCAAUUCAGCUCUCAACAAGGCCCAGCUGACGGCGAAAGCUUGUUGGCUCCUCGCUAUGGCUGGUUUCCUACGCCUUCCGAUCUAGAACACGUGAAUUUAGACGCGACUACGGUUUCUUCUGAUAAGGUUCUCUGUCUGAGUAUCGUAGCUCUCAAGGAGAAACGUCAAGGCCAGCGUGUGGCGAAAGUCAUCAC